AUCGCACGGACAGCCUUCAAGAUGGUGCCGAAGAAAGACAAGAAGCCUAAGAAGUCAACCUGGAAGUUUAGUUUGGAUCUUACUCAUCCUGGAGAAGAUGGAGUUUUUGAUUCUGGAAAUUCUGAACAGUUUCUACAUGAGAAAGUUAAAGUUUUUCCAGGAAAAACUGGAAAUCUUGGGAAUGUUGUUCACAUUAAAGCCUUCAAGAAUAAAAUCAUGGUUGUUUCUGAGGAACAAUUCUCUAAAAGGUAUUUGGAAUAUCUUACCAAGAAAUACCUUAAAAAAAAAUCUUGGUGAUCGGCUUCGGGGGUUGCAUCUGAGGAGGAGACUUAUGAACUUCGUUACUUCCAGAUGAGUCAAGAUGAAGAUGGAUCUGAGUCGGAGGAGUAG